AUGUCUACCACCUUUACCACCACCACCACCAUCACCAAGACGCCUGGCUUCGCGUAUGUGAACACGACACCGUUAUUGUUCUGCGUACCAGGCCAACCGGGGAACCCAAGAAUUUCUUGCAAAGGUAUCAACACCAUUGUACCAUGGCCCCGGGGCUCGCAGCUCCGCUAUUCGAUAAUAUCGCGAAAAGAGAGCAAGACACCAGAAUUUGUGAUCAAAAUCGUCAAAGAAGCUAUAGAUGAGUGGUUUACCGGACUUGGAAAAACGCUUGAAAUGAGAGAGGCACGCGCUGGCGAGCUUGCAGACAUUCGUAUAUCAUUUCGAAAUGACAUGCCAAGUUGGAGCUGCAUCGGCGCUGUGGCCGCUGGUAUCUCGUCAGAGGUGGAGCCCACGAUGAACUUCAACUUCGGCGGAUGGAAGAGCUCUAAGGCUGUUUAUUCGCAUGCCUCUAUCAAGAGGCUCGCCCUUCAUCUCUGUGGUCACGCUCUCGGACUACCCCAUGCCAAGCUGAAUCAGUGUCCGUUGCCAUGGAAGAAGGAUGAAGUGGAUCGGGAGUGCAAGUCUCCCAAUGCCGAACUGCUCACGGGCGCCGAAGGCUGUGACCAGCUACGGGAUCCCGAGUCAAUCAUGCAUUACGAUCUCCCUGCUCGCCUAACCAACGGCAACACCGACAUGCGACAGGGUGGCUGUUCCAUAGACCAAGAGGCUCGAAGUCUUGUGCAGUCUUUGUACCCAAAAGCUUCGGAAGCUUUCUUCCUUCAUUGCGAUACGUCCAACGCCUCGCUAUUCCCAGACUUCAAGCCGGGAGCAAAAAUGGCCAGCGCUCGACACUUCUUCGACACAUCUUGUACCGCCAACAUCGUGACUGGUAUCCGCAAGGUGGACAUGGGCGUUGAUGCCAACUUCCGCCUCAAAUCAGAAGUCUCCGACAUCAAUGAAGGCGUGGGUUACAAUAUCGACAUAGGAACGUGGCACGAGACACACCUGAACGCAGCCAUAUGCAACGUUCUUUCCUUUAAAUCGGCGGAUGAAAGAGUUCGGACUGGAAACGUGAGAUGGGACGGUCUGACUGGUGAAAACGAGCGCUGUCAACGCCAGACCUUUGCAAAACCGUUCAGCCAGACCCCGAGUGUCGUUGUCUUCAUCAGCUCGUUUGACACUGAUGAUAAGGAGUUUUUGCGUAUCGACGUGGCGUCCUCGGAUGUUGAUAGAAACGGGUUCACAGUGCAUCUGAAGACCUGGAAUGAUUCAAGGAUUUACAAUAUCACGGCCUCUUGGGUUGCCCACGAGCCAGAUGAGUGGUCCAUCCGCUCCGGCCCUCUCGACAUUGCGUUCGAUCAGCGUCGGACAAAGAGCGUGAAACUUACAAGAGACUACGUCUUUCCAAUGAAGGAGAAGCCUGCCUGCCUUUUCUAUGCGUUUUCACAUAUUGAUGUGAAGCCCGACAAAAAUCUCCAAGUAGAUCUGUACGCGACUUGUGACGAGAAAAGGGUGUCCGCAGAGUUCAACACGUGGGAUGAUGAGAAUGGUUUCUUUCAAUCGAGUUAG